AGGGAAACGAUGCAGACGCAUGAGUGGUUGGGUGGGUUGGGUAACAGGAGCGCAUGUUGAAGUCAGGCAGCGAUGGUGUCGGCGGUUGCUGUUGUAAAUAGCGGCGUACAAGGUUUAGCUGGUCACCUUGAUAUCCAGCCAUGGCUCUAAAGGUGUUACAAGGAGCUCAGCGGCUGGGUUUGAUUGGCUCUCCCCUCCUCUCCUCUGUCCGCUUCCUGAGUGUGAGUGCCCCUCAGGAGGCAGCGUGUGCGGUGUGUCUGUGGACUUCCUCCAGCCGCUGCUGCCUAAGACAUGGCUGUCGUCGUCGGGCCCAUUGGCCACUGCCCCCAGCAUCACCAUCGCCAGGGAGGAUGGGCGUCUGCUCCAUGGCAACCCGUGACCCAUUGCUGGACGUGGCAGGAACGGUGCGUCUGCAUCGAGACUCUCCUCCUGAUGGCGGCGUGCGGCUGUCCCUAACAGGGGUGGCGUUGGGCUCGAAGGAAGAGGAGCAAGCCAUGUUGGAGCGCGUGUCCUCCUGCGGCUCCUCGCGACAUCUGCUGCGUACGCUGCGCUCCUCGCCGCUCCUCUCUGACGGCGCGGCCGCCGCCAUCCUCCACCGGCUGGCCGACCUCGAGCAGGACGACGUAGCGGCGGGCGGGCUGCGGGACCCCGCGGUCCUGACGGACGCGGCCCUGCGGGGCCUGUGCCAGAGGCUGGAGCAGGAGAGCAGCCGCCUGGGGGAUGCGCCGCUGGUGUCCGCCCUCCUGGCCUGCACGCGCCUCUACCUGGACCCCUGGAGCCGGCUGCUGGUGCGGCUGGUGUCGGAGAGCCAGGAGCGCCUGGACAAGGAGAGGCUCGGCGUGGCACAACUGUGCACGCUGGCCCGGGCGCUGCUGGCGCUGGAGGGCCCAGACUGCACCAUGCUGGGCCAGGUGAUGGAGCAGCUCCAGCGCAGCGACCCGGCCCAGUGGAGUCAGGACGAGCUGGCGGCUGUGUACGGCGCUUUGGGGGCGGGUGUAGCGGCGGGCGGGCGCUACCAGGACUUUCUGAACACCAUGCACACCCACACGCUCUCGGUGACCGGACGCUUGGAGCCGGGGGCGGUGAGCGAGGUGCUCGGAGCCCUGGUCGCACUGGGUCAGACCCAAGCGCUGCCGCUGGUCAUCGCCCUGUGCAAGCAGGCCGUGCGCCACGUGCCCGUCUUCACCGAUGCCCAGCUGGCCGCUGUGCUGUCUGCCCUCAUGGACUUUGGCCACAGCGACCGCUUCCUGGUCCAGGAGCUGGAGCACCACUUCCCCAAGAAGGCCUUCACGGCACAUCCCGAGACCGUCACCAAGGUGAUGCAGUACUUCGGCCGCCGCUGCAUCCGGUCGCCGGCCGUCUUUGACGCGGUCGCGGAGAGCUUUGUCUACCGCGCCGACGAGUACAGCACCAGCCAGGUGGCCCUACAGCUGGAGGCGUUGGCAGUGCUGGGGUAUGUGCCGCCAAACGCAGCGCAGGUCUUCCGGAAGGUGGAGGCGUUGCUUCACGCGCGCUUCUCCCAGUUCCAGCCACGGGUCCUCCUAGAUCUGCUGCACGCCUGCACGCUGCUGCAGAGGUUCCCACUCAACUUUGUCUCCAAAGUUUUCAGCCCCUACUUUCUUCAGCAGCUUCUAGGAGAGGAUUCGAGAACAGACGGGAUAGUGCGCGCUCAGCUCACACAACUCCACAUGACUGUGAAGCUGGAAUGUCCCUUUUAUAAGGGCCCGUUGCUUGUGCCAAAAUACCGCGUGAAGUCAUUCCUGGUGCCAGGACGCUCUUUGGAGACUACAGUUGAUGUGCAGCUCUAUAACUCUGUCAAGUCAGGGUUGGUGGAUUUGCUGGGGGCAAGAACAUAUUUUGCCUCAAGGCUUUUAACUCCUUAUUGCUACACAAUAGAUGUGGAGAUCAAGUUGGAUGAAGACGGAUUUGUGUUGCCAGCCAGCCACGUUUUUGAGCUCCACAAGAGGAUUGCGGUGUGCAUCAACGGGCCGAAGAGGUUUGCUGUGAACUCACGACAGCUGCUGGGUAAAGAAGCCAUCAAACAGAGACAUCUAGGACUCCUGGGCUUUGAAGUAGUGGAGAUUCCAUAUUAUGAGUUUGAGAAGCUCAAAACCAAAACCGAAAUUGUUGAGUAUCUCCACAAGAAGAUCUUCCCUCUAAGCUACAGACUCAGCUGGUGAAUGCAGACAUGCUCCAGCUGUGAGGACUCUGACACUGCCAGGCAUCAUUUCACACUGACUCUCAAUUAAUGCAAUAUGUGACUACAUUGUUCAACUCAACAUAUUUAUUAACUUUGUAGUGAUUUUGCCAUGCACCAUAUUGUACAUCAUCCUCUGCCAUUAAAGUACACUUGAGGUUUA